AUGGCAAAAACAACAAACGUGGCUCCUGCUGCUCUCAGCAGCGUUUCGGUGCUUGGCUGUAGAAUUCGAAACGGUGAGAGCGGCAUACACUUCCUCUUAAACAGGGAUGGGAGGCGCAGGGGCGAUGCCUUGAUUGAGCUGGAAUCGAAAGCUGAUGUCCAGAGAGCCCUGGAAAAGCACUUGAGAUACAUGGGGCCGCGCUAUGUGAAAGUGUUUGAAGUACACGAUAAGGAUGUGGAAGGCUUGUUGCAGAACUUGCGUGACGAGUCCAAGGCCAUUAAUGAUGGCGUCGUGAUGCUCAGGGGGCUGCCCUACAGCUGCACAGAGGAUGACAUUUCGGAUUUCUUCGCGGGUUUGAGCAUAACUGACAUAGCGUUCGUUAACCGGGGGGACCGACGGACAGGAGAAGCUUUUGUGCAGUUUGCAGCUCCCGACAUGGCAGCCAAAGCCCUCUUAAGGCACAAGGAAUACAUUGGGAACAGGUACAUAGAGGUCUACGCACAGCCCUGCGUUUCUGCAGCCCUCACCCGAGGGCUCGAUGCUUGCAGUGCUCACGGUGCUUUUGCUGCUUCGACAGGUUUGUACGGAGAAGAUACAGAAAGGUCCGCGUCAGAAGCUGGGGAGGCCUCGGCCUCGCAGCAUUUUGUCCACGUGAGGGGUUUCCCUACUGAAGCUAGUGCCCAGGACCUGAUCAACUUUUUUGCUCCCUUGAAGCCCACAAGGGUCCUGGUAGAAUACAACUCACAUGGAGAAGCCACGGGUGAAGCAGACGUCCACUUUGAGAGCCAGGAGGCAGCAGUGGCAGCAAUGGCCAAGCAGGAGUCAAGUGCCCGUAAGUGA